AGAGAGUGCAAGAAAAAUUUUGGAAGAGAACGCUAUUAGGGUAGUGUAGGGUUUUUCUUCGUUCUAAACCCUUCAGGAAACUGAGGCCCAGUAGUUUAGGCGUGGGCAUCCAUUUAGUGGCCCUAGGGUUAAUUUACGUCCGCCGUAACUCUUUUAAAGAAUUUCCUUCUAGCGCCGGUGUAGCAUUUGCGGAUGAAGACCGACAUGUCGUUCGAUGACCGAGCAAAAAAUGUAAUAGCACCUUGCUCUUACGACCUGUUAUAUUAGUUAGAUGUACGACGUCGGUUCCGAAAACAAGUUGCGUUUCAAUUCGUUUCGCUUUAAUUCCGACCUUCUUUUCUCUAGGUUGUGCUUGCAGAGCCAUGAAAGCUCUCUGCCACAGCAAGGCGAAGCUCAUCAAAUCAAAAUAAAGAGAGAGGAAGUAUGAUAAAGUAUUUAAAAAAUCAAACAAGAUCCUUCUCUCCCUCAGUUUUCCUUUCAAAAUCCCUUACUUUCUCAUCAACCAAACACCAUUCUCCUUCCAAUUCAAAACCCCACCAAAACCCAGUACCUGUCAAAUUCACUCCUAGUUUUCAUUAUAUUCACACAAAUGCAAGCCCACCUACUAAAUCUGACCUCUAUGCCUCAUUUUUUUGCACUCUUAUACAUCUUUACUUGACCUGUGGCAGACUCUCCAAAGCUACUAAGACAUUCCACCACAUGAGAGAAUAUAAUGUUAUUCCCAGUUUUCCCUUGUGGAAUCAACUUAUUUACCAUUUCAAUGCCUUUGGGUUGGUCUCUCAGGUAUGGGAUAUUUACACUGAGAUGUUAUGUUGUGGAAUUUUGCCUAAUGUAUUUACUCACAAUGUAUUGGUACAUGCUUGGUGCAAAAUGGGUAAUUUGGUUUUAGCCUUAGAUUUGCUUAGGAAUGUUGAUAUUGAGGUUGAUACAGUUACAUAUAAUACAGUUAUAUGGGGGCUUUGUCAGCAAGGCUUGGCCAAUCAGGCAUUUGGGUUUUUGUCAAUCAUGGUAAAGAAAGAUACUUCCUUUGAUUCUGUUACUUGUAAUAUAUUGGUCAAAGGAUUUUGUAGGAUUGGGCUCGUGCAGUAUGGAGAGUGGAUUAUGGAUGCUUUGGUUAGUGGAGGGAUUUGUAAAGAUGUCAUAGGCUUUAAUACAUUGAUUGACGGGUAUUGUAAAGCUGGAGACAUGAAUCUUGCACUCAACUUGCUGGAAAAAAUGAGGAAAGAGGGUGUUUUGCCUGAUAUUGUUACCUAUAAUACUUUGAUUCAUGGGUUUUGCCAAAAAGGUUAUUUUGACAAAGCAAAGAUCCUACUUGAUGAGAUUCUGGGGUCUAGGCGGGAAGAAGAUAGUGAUCUUGUGUUUUCAAAGACUGCUGAUAAAAACAAGGAUGGCUUUGUGAAUUUGGAACCAAACCUUAUCACACACACCACCAUCAUUAGUUCAUAUUGUAAGCAGCAUGGCCUUGAGGAGGCACGUGAUUUAUAUGAAGAAAUGAUCAAUAAUGGGUUCUUGCCUGAUGUAGUUACUUAUAGUUCUAUUGUAAAAGGCCUCUGCAAGCAUGGGAAGUUAUCUGAAGCAAAAGCACUUAUGAGAGAGAUGGAGAGGAUGGGUGUGGAUCCCAAUCAUAUUGCUUAUGGUACACUUGUUGAUGCACUAUUUAAAGCAGGGACUGUUUGGGAAGCUUUUGUCUAUCAAAGUCAAAUGGUAGUUCGUGGAAUUGCCUUUGAUUUGGUUAUGUGCACCACAUUGAUGGAUGGGCUUUUCAAGUCCAGGAAGCCCGAUGAGGCAGAGCACAUGUUCAGGGAACUUUCAAAACUUAAUCUCAUUCCAAAUGGCAUUACUUAUACAGUAUUGAUUGAUGGGCGUUGCAAAUUAGGGGACAUGGAAAGCGUGGAGUCUCUUUUGCUAGAAAUGGAGGAGAAACAUAUUAUUCCAAAUGUCAUCACUUAUUCCUCCAUUAUAAAUGGAUAUACUAAGAAAGGAAUGCUCGAUGAAGCUAUUAACAUUAUGAGGAAGAUGUUGGAUCGAAAUAUUUUGCCAAACGCAUAUAUUUAUGCUACACUAAUUGAUGGCUAUUGCAAAGCAGGAAAGCGAGAAAUUGCUCAGGAUCUCUACAAUGAAAUGAAAUUGAGUGGAUUGGAGGAGAACAAUGCUCUCCUCGAUGUUUUGCUAAACAACUUGAAAAGAGAAAGAAAGAUGGAUAAAGCUGAAGGAUUACUUAAAGAUACGAUGUCUAGAGGCUUGUUGCUUGACCAUGUUAACUACACAUCUAUGAUGGAUGUCUUCUUCAAGGCGGGAAAGGAGUCAGAUGCUCUUAACAUGGUCGAAGAAAUGACAGAGAAAAAUAUACCAUUUGAUGUUGUUGUCUAUAAUGUGUUAAUAAAUGGUCUCUUGAAACAUGGAAAAUAUGAACCAAAAUCUGUUUAUCUUGGAAUGAGAGAGUUGGGUUUGGCUCCAGACCUUGCUACAUAUAACACCAUGAUUAAUGCGUUCUGCCGGCAAGGGGAACUGGAAAGGGCCUUAGAGCUGUGGAAUGAGAUGAAGGGCCAUAAGAUAAUGCCAAGUUCAAUCACUUGCAACACCCUGGUAAGAGGUUUUUCUAAAGCCGGUGAGAUUGAAAAAGCAAUGAAUGUUUUGAAUGAAAUGUUGGUUCGGGGAAUUCACCCUAACGUGGUCAUUCAUCGGGAUUUGCUUGACGCUUCUUCAAGAAGUGGAAAGGGUGAUACGGUCUUCCAAAUGCAUGAGCGACUGGUUGCUAUGGGACUUAAAGUUGAUAAAAAUAUUUAUAACAAUCUGAUUGGGGUCUUGUGCAGGCUUGGAAUGACUCGGAAAGCCACUUCAGUUUUGAGAGAUAUGAUCAGGAAUGGACAUAUGGCAGAUACUAUCACUUACAAUGCCCUUAUAAAUGGAUAUUGUAAAGGUACUCAUGUCCAGAAGGCUUUGGCCAUAUAUGAUCAGAUGUUAGAUGAAGGGGUUUUGCCAAAUAUUACUACUUACAAUUUCCUUCUACGUAGUCUCUUAGCAGCCGGUUUGAUGUCAGAGGCAGAUAAAUUGUUCCAUAAAAUGAAGGAAAAUGGCUUCAAACCUGAUUCUUCAACAUAUAAUAUUUUGAUCUCUGGCCAUGGUAGGAUUGGGAAUAAAAAGGAAUCUAUAAAACUUUACUGUGAAAUGGUUGCCCAAGGUUUUGUGCCCACAACCGGCACCUAUAAUGUGCUUAUCAGUGAUUUUGCCAAGGUAGGAAAGAUGCAUGAGGCUACAGAGCUUCUAAAGGAGAUGCAAGAAGUGAGAGGUGUACCUCCAAAUUCUUCCACUUAUGACAUACUAAUUUGUGGAUGGUGCAAUUUAUCUAAACAGCCAGAUCUAGACAGGAUAUUGAAAAAGAAUUACCGAACCGAGGCUAAAAAAUUAAUCAUAGAGAUGAAUGAAAAAGGGUUUGUCCCGUGUGAAAGUACUAUUGCUUGUGUCAGUUCUACUUUUGCUAGACCAGGAAUGAUGCUUGAUGCUGCAAAGCUACUGAAGGAAACAUAUAAAAGAAAGGGUGUGUAGAAGAGGAAGAAAACAUUAGGCGAGUAUCUGUGCCAGUGAACACAGGUAUUGCUGCAGUGAACCACUGUGUUUCUAUUGCUUGUUCUCAAAAGCUUCAGAACAACUUCACUCUCCCCUACUCUUAGUUCACGAUAUCUCCAUCUGUCUGAAUGCUGGGAAGUGAAAGUAUAAAACUGAUAUACUACUGGUUUAAGCUGGGAAGGAUACUGCAGGAGAACUUAAUAUCCUUGCGAAAAUGGAGGCCCUUUAUUAUCUUACAAUAUUGUUACUGGAAAAACAUGGCUUAGUUUUGAGAUGCUACCAUCACGAAUGGACAGUAGUUGCAUUCAUCAGUUUGAUGGUAUUUUGGAUGUUUAGAGCUUUUGGUUGGUCAUUUUCCUGCAGCCUCCAGCCACCAGAGGCAAUCCUAUUGCUUAAUCAUUCUGAAAUUGCAUCCUUAAUUUUGAUGAUGUUGACUGGGCAAGUUGAUACCUGAUAGUGCAUUUGUUACAUAUGUACACGUAUUUUUUGGUACAUUAGAAUGUUAAAUGAGCUACACAAUAAGGGGUAAUUCUCCCUACCAAUAGGAUAGAGAUCCCAAGGCUUUACUAUUGGACUGUCUGCUUGGGGACAUAUGUACAGAGCUAACAUGUGAAAGUUAAUCAAUGGAUGCCCUCAUAUUGUAUUCUCUCCUUGUUCACCUCUGGGUCUAGAAUAUAUAUCAUGCAUUUGGUUGGACCAUGCUUCAAUCUUUUCAGCCAGACCAAUAGGGAAGAGAGAUGAAGCAGAAGCAGCUGUGUCUAGAUAUUAGGAGGAAAGUGGCAAUACAAUGAGGCAGCUAGCUCUGAGCCAUAGGAAACUUGGAGCUGGUUGAUUAUAUCUGCACAGGUAAGAUUGUCCAAUUAGUUGGGAAGUUUGAGAAGAUAGUGGAAAAUUUACACUUCACAGUGAUUCAGCAAGUUCAUUGAAGUUAUCCUCCUAACUUCUCGAGGAAGACUAUGAACUCCAAUUUUGGUGUUAUCAGUCACCACCAGAAGUUUAUGCUUCGAGGUAAAAUCAGGGAAUAUCUUCAUUACAUCGACGUUCGAGGUAAAAUCAGGGAAUAUCUUCAUUCUGACAGUGAACUUGCUGUAGGCAAGCACUCUGUAUUAUGCAAAAGAAGGUUCAGUAUUCUGUAUUCGUUAUUCAGGAAGAUAAGAGAGGAAUAAUGUGAUUUCAUUAAGAUCACGCCAAUACAAUUAAGAAAGCAGAAAAUUAUAUCUCAUUUUUCAGUCAAUUUAUUUAAUUAUCCACUUUAUUUUGGAA